ACUUCUGAACAGUUGUUCCUCAACAACAAUAACGAUAUCAACAAAGUAACAUUAUUUUAACAUCUCAAUCAAUUGUUGUUUUACCUAUUGAUAUGAUCAACCUUUCAACAUUCAAUUAAAUUUUAAUGAUUGUUAAAAAUAAUUCAAGUGUCAACUCCACCAUUCAAUAAUAUAAUAUAGUUGUGUUUUAUAUUUGUUUUGCUUGACAUUCAAAAUCCUCUUCAGCUUAUGCCUUUAAUGCGUUUUGAUCCUUAUUUAAAUAUUAAUUCAUUGAUGAACCUGAUUUCCAUCAUCAUUCUGACAAUCUAAAAUAAACAUUACUGAAUUUACAGAUCUUUGUUCACCUAAUCUUCAAAACGUAAGUGAUAAUAUCUGUAAUUCACUUCAAAGCAGGCUGUGUUCUUGUGGAUAUCAAUCACCAUUCCACCACCAUUGAAUCUUUAUCUUGGUUUCAUUUUACUCUCCAACAUACAUCACAAAUAAUUUACUCACUGGAGGUAACCGUUUCUGUCUUUGAGUGAUCUACCUUUAGAAAUUUUCAUUGCCGUUAAUUCAUCAACCCUGCAAUCACAGUUUUUGAAGCUUUCAGUUCUACAAACUAUUCAUCAAAUUUUCCAUACAAACACAUCAUGGCAUCUAAAGACAAUCAAAAGCCAACACAAACCAUACCAAAAGCAAUGAAAUUUGUAAUUGGAGGAACCGCUGGAAUGGCUGCAACAAUGUUUGUUCAACCAUUUGAUUUGAUAAAAAAUCGUAUGCAAUUGACAGGUGAAGGUGGAAAACCAAAAGAACACAAGACAAGCUUUCAUGUGUUCAGAUCGGUCAUCAAAAAUGAGGGAAUCCCAGCUCUUUAUACUGGACUUUCAGCUGGUCUCUUCCGCCAAGCAUGUUAUACGACUGUUAGAUUAGGUGUAUAUUCUAGUUUAUUUGAAAAAUUUUCCUCAUCUGAUAAACCUCCAGGUUUCUUGACCAAAGCUGCUAUUGGUAUGACUGCUGGAGCUGUUGGAGCUUUCUUUGGUACUCCAGCCGAGGUUUCUUUGAUUCGUAUGACCUCAGAUGGGAGAUUACCUAUUGCCGAAAGAAGGAAUUAUCGCAAUGUUUUUGAUGCUCUUUUGAGAAUCUCAAAGGAAGAAGGUGUUCUAACUUUAUGGAGAGGUUGUGUACCCACUAUUGGUCGAGCUAUGGUUGUUAACGCUGCUCAGUUAGCUUCAUAUUCACAAGCUAAACAGUCCUUACUGUCGACAAAAUAUUUCAAUGAUAACAUUUUCUGCCAUUUUGUCGCCUCAAUGAUCUCAGGAUUAAUCACAACAGCUGCCAGUAUGCCUGUUGAUAUUGCCAAGACUCGUAUACAAAAUAUGAAAACAAUUGAUGGUAAACCCGAAUACAAGGGAGCAAUCGAUGUUCUUGCCAAGGUUGCCAAAAAUGAAGGAUUCUUCGCAUUAUGGAAAGGGUUUACUCCAUACUAUCUAAGACUUGGCCCUCACACUGUAUUGACUUUCAUCUUCCUCGAACAAAUGAAUCAAGCUUAUGGAAAAUAUAUUCUUGGAGUUGCUGGAAAACAAGUUGGACUUUAAUCACGAGAUUAAAAAUCAACAAGCUUAUCUCCAUUUCAUUUUUUUUGUGUUUCUGGUCUUGUUUUGGGUCUUCAACAUGUGUACAUCCUCCGAACUAUCGUGUUUUGAGACACGUUUUCCUUAUCGAUCUUUAUUUUACAAAAAUGCAACAAAUUAAUGGUCAACAAGUUUACCAAGUGAUAUUCAACACUAGCCAUUUUAAUUCUGACAAUUUUAGUCACUAUUUUAACUCAAUUUUUUUCGUUUACAAAUUUUGUUUUUUUUCCUGUUUUCAUCUUCCCCAUGUUUCCUUGCAUCCUAUUUUAUCAACUCUAAUAUUGAUCAUAAAUGCUAAGCUAUCAAUUGAGUUGCAAUAGUCUGUUAAAUUUUUUCUAAUCUACAUUUAAUUUACGAAAUUUUGAUCUGGUAAACUCAAAUUAUAAACUUUUAUUUUUACAUGUUGAAAUCAAUUCAAGUUUCCCCACUUACAUGGAAAUUAUCUUUGUGCAAUGACACCCCAAUGAGUUAUCAUUCAUUGUUGUAUGUACAUUAUUCGUUAUCUGAAUCUUAUUUUUUUGAAGUGUCUCAUAUCAAUCUCCGGAAUAAUGUGUAUUUUAACUUUUCAGCAAACAUAAAGGUUAUGACUAUUCAUCUGUUGAAA